AUGGGGCAGGGCCUCACGUGUGGGGCAACACUUGGCGCAGCGGCUUCCAUUAGCGCGCUCCCUAUCCGGCUUACUGUGGCCGAUCACCUGAGUAUUUGCGCUGUUGGUGCCGGUUGUGGCCUUUGUAUCGACUUUAUUAGCGACUGCUGCGCAAAGGAAGGGCGUGUCGUCAUCCACCGCGAUGUCGUGCUACAGGCGCAAGAUGUGCUAAGGCACGUGUCGACGUUCUACACGACGUGUGAGUCCAACCAUGUUGCCCGUUUUUUCCGGCAGAAGCACGAGUGGUUGGUACUGGAGUCACAUGGGCACCGCUACUAUACUGUCCAGAAAAGUCCUGCGACGGGUGACAUCCUCAUGGAUGUCCGAAACUCGCUCCGUGCUGCAAAUGACUUGGGGUUAGGCGUUGCUGGGCGCCCGAUUCACACUGGCGAAGUGCGGCAGCACCGCACAGAUAUGGAAUUUGACCUUCCCAAUGACCUUCAGGUCGCCUAUAUGAUUGCGUGGCUGCGGAAGGAGGACCCCCGCUGGUCCUUCUCCACGGAGAACUCAAGGGGGUUCACCACACGCGCACGUUACGCCUUGCUUGACUUCUAG